CCAGUGUCUGGCAUGUGGGUCAAGGACACACAGAAUCCACCGGAUGGGCUUAUGGCCCCCUAAAUGUAUCUAUCUGUUAAACAAUGAAUGUACAGAAAUGAUACAAAACUUAGAAAUACCCAAGCCAAAGAAGUUACAACUGGACAAAUGCUGAGAAGGAGCAAUGCAUAAGGCACUGCCCAGAUAAGGCUCCACAAGAAUAAGCAAGAAGCAACUGCCCCCACUACUCAAGAGUAAUACACAAACGUUUUCUUGAACCAUCUCAUCUUUUGAUCAGUUCAACUGAAACUUGCUGGUUGUUUGGACCUGGAAGGACCGGAGAGGACGCCAUUUGGUAGCUGCUAGCUCCUCCAUGAACUUGCUCAUUGGGUAGACUUCACCCACAAGAAGAUCUAUCGAAGUUGUUUCUGGAUUGAAGUGGCCUUGAUUUGCUGCAAAGUCCAGGACGACGUGGUGGAGUAGCGAUGCAGUGGGUGUUACUUCUGUUCUUGCUCUUGGCGGGCUUCCAGUCAAGCUUCAGCCAGACGGACUCCGAAGAUGUUGCUGCACUGAAAGCAUUGAUGACAAAUUGGCGGAAUGAACCACAAAGCUGGACAGGGUCGACCGAUCCCUGCACCUCCUGGGAUGGAAUCUCCUGUUCUAAUGGGAGAGUGACAGAAAUGAGAUUGUCAAGCAUGAACAUGGAAGGCACAUUAAGCAACGGCAUAGACAAACUCUCUGCUUUGACAUAUCUGGAUCUGUCUAACAAUCCAAGUAUUGGCGGUCCACUUACUCCAAACAUCGGAAAUCUGAAGCAGCUCACCACUCUGAUUUUGCUCGGAUGCAGCUUCACUGGUAACAUCCCAGAGGAGAUAGGGAACUUAAGACAGCUCACAUUUCUGGCCCUAAACUCAAAUCAGUUCACUGGUAGAAUACCCUCAGCACUUGGCCUUCUCACAGAUCUCUUUUGGUUGGACUUGUCGGCCAAUCAACUUUCAGGACAAAUCCCAGUUUCAACAAGUUCAGCCCCAGGGUUGGAUAGACUUGUCAACACCAAGCAUUUCCAUUUUAGCGAGAACCAGUUGACAGGUCCAAUGGACCGUCUUUUCAGUGCCAAUAUGACUCUUGUACAUGCGAUAUUUGACAACAACAAAUUUACUGGAUCAAUCCCAGAAUCUCUUGGACUUGUCAAAACACUUCAAAUUAUCCGACUAGAUCAUAACCAAUUCAAUGGUCCGGUACCUGAUAGUAUCGGCAACCUGCCUAACCUGACAGAACUGAGCUUAGCAGGCAACCAACUUAACGGAACAGUGCCAAACCUCGCUAAUGCAACUAAACUCAAUUAUGUGGACACAAGCAACAAUAAUUUUGCAAGCUCACCAGCACCAAGAUGGUUGUCAGCGUUAACGUCCCUGAACACCAUAUUUAUGGACAAUGAUCAUCUUACUGGGACAAUACCUAGUGCUCUUUUCAGCCUCCCACAGAUGCAGCAAAUAUCACUAGCUAAGAAUGCUUUCAGUGGGUCACUUAAUAUGGGUGGUAACAUCAGUUCACAACUGCGGGUUGUUAAUUUGACAAAUAACCAAAUCGUUGAAGCUGAUGUUAAACCAAGCUACACUGGCAGCCUAAUACUAACAGGGAAUCUUAUAUGCUUAGGCAAUAUCAGUUUCUGCACACUCAAGCAAAAGAAGCAAGUGUCAUACUCUACUAGCCCAGGCCCAUGUGGUGCCAUUGCAUGCCCCAAUGAUCAGUUUGCAAAUCCAGAUACUUCACAGAACUGUGCUUGCACUAACCCCUUCCAGGGUUUGAUGAUCUUCCGAGCACCUUUCUUCUCUGACAUGACAAACCCUGGGAUAUUCCAACAAUUGGAGUUGACACUUGCGCAGAACCUUGGACUAGCUCCAAGAUUAAUUGCGCUUUCUGAUGUUGAGUUCAGUCCAGGAGCUCCUCUAGUAUUCACAUUGAAGUUUUUCCCAGUGAGUGGAAUGAGCUUCAAUCGCUCAGAAGUUAUAAGAAUCAGUUCUGCUUUGGUCAACCAAAUUUACAAAGCUCCACAAGAAUUUGGACCAUAUAGCUUCAUCGCAAGCAAAUACUUUACAAGCCCAAGCGAUAAGAAGUCCAAAAUGCACAUAGGUGUAAUAGUCGGAAUAUCAGUUGCUGGUUUUGUCCUUAUUGCUGGCCUUGUUCUGGUAGCAAUGUAUGCUCUCCGGCAGAAGAAACUAGCCAAGGAAGCCGUAGAGCGAACUUCUAAUCCAUUUGCAUCAUGGGGAGCAGGCGGUCAAGAUAACGGAGACGUGCCACAACUGAAAGGAGCAAGAUAUUUUCUAUUUGAGGAACUGAAAAAAUGCACCAAUAAUUUCUCAGAAACCCACGAGAUAGGAUCUGGAGGAUAUGGAAAGGUUUACAAAGGAACACUAGCAAAUGGGCAAAUGGCUGCAAUAAAACGUGCACAGCAAGGAUCCAUGCAAGGUGCAGCUGAGUUCAAGAAUGAGAUUGAACUACUGUCAAGGGUUCAUCACAAGAACCUAGUGAGUCUAGUAGGUUUCUGCUACGAACAAGGGGAGCAGAUGUUGGUUUACGAGUAUAUUCCCAAUGGGACACUAAGAGAGAACCUUAUGGGUAAAGGAGGGAUACACUUGGAUUGGAUGAAGCGACUUCGGAUCGCCAUUGGGUCUGCUAAAGGUCUAGCAUACCUCCAUGAGCUUGCGAAUCCACCUAUUAUCCACAGAGAUAUAAAAUCAACAAAUAUACUUUUGGAUGAAAGCCUAACAGCAAAGGUAGCUGAUUUUGGUCUUUCAAAGCUAGUAUCUGACACACAAAAGGGCCAUGUUUCUACCCAAGUGAAGGGAACACUGGGUUAUUUGGAUCCUGAGUACUACAUGACUCAACAACUCUCUGAGAAGAGUGACGUCUAUAGCUUUGGAGUUGUCAUGCUAGAACUAAUAACUUCCAGGCAGCCCAUAGAGAAAGGUAAGUACAUUGUGCGUGAGAUCAGAACCGCAGUUGACCAGUACGAUCAAGAGUACUAUGGCUUGACAAGCCUAAUUGAUCCGGCAAUCAAGGAUUCGGCAAAAUUAUUUGGCUUCAGGAGAUUCGUGCAGUUGGCUAUGGAAUGUGUAGAAGAGUCCGGUGCUGACCGCCCUGCAAUGAAUGAUGUGGUGAAGGAACUUGAGAUCAUUAUACAGAAUGAAGGGCCAGAGUUGUUAAACUCAGCAUCUCUAUCAACUGAGCAUUUUGGAGGUAGAGAUCCUCAAGAGGAACAUUUGCCUAUGAAAGAUGAUAGCAGCAGCAGCAGUGCUUUCGAUUACAACAGUGUAUAUUCCUAAUCAGUUGAACCAAAAUAGGUACUAUGUAUUGAUUGGUUCUUUCUUGUCUCUACUCAUUGUUUUUGGUGCAUGGUCGAAGUGAGUAGGACACAAGACAUGUAUUAUACAAUAUCAUUUUCUUUCUGUUGAUAAAACCAAGGUCUGAAUAUUUUAUAAGCAGGCACUUGAAAAUUACAUC